GACUCACCAGAAUCCCAGAAGGUGAAAUCAAGAGCUCUCAGCCUCAUUUAGUCAAGACAACAGCAGACUGAUCGCCAGAGAACUUUACAAAGACUUGCAGCAUACCAACAAGUUGGACCCGGAUAAAAAACUCUCUUCAAUAGUCAACAACCCUGGGCACCACGCUGAGGGAGUGUUCACCUGCCCAGGCAGACUGAAAGCUGCAUGGACACACCUGGCUGAGGACAUCUGAGGAGUUAAGUACCCAGCACGGGUUGUUUUUUUUUAUGCCCCCAGAUUAUUUUUGCAUUUUUAGGUAAUAAGCAUCAAAUUGUGUCUCAGUUUAAAAGUUUUAUUUUUUCCUAGCAAUUUGCUUUAAGUUGAACAUAUUUUAGAUGAUGGGCUCUGAAGGAGAAGCUAACUCCUAAGGAAGAAAGAAGAGACAGCAGAGAACAUUAGAGAAAAAAAAAAGAUUAUUUUGAAUGACUAGUUAGGGUGCUGUGUUUCUUGAGAGAAUUUGGCUUAUGUCAUACAUACUAUUCCAGUAUCAGUGAAGAGAGGAGUGCCUGAAGGAAGAAAAGGAAGCCUGAGGUCUCUGGGAAGAAGCACAAAGUCAGAACAGUUAACUUUAUUCUUAAGGACUCACAUCAAGCAAGAAGAGAGGUCAAGGGAGAAGGCAAGAGAAGUCUAGUAGCAGGAGGGACAGAAGCCACAGAGAGCUGGCUGACUGAAUUCCUAGGACAGGUAUCCAGGUGAGACGUAUUUUUGGGGUUACUUGGAAAAGUUUGGCUUGUGAAUCAGUUUCCCUGGUGACUUCACACAUCCACUGCUGGUUGUCUUUUACCUCUUUUCCCCUUCAUUCUUGUGUGGCACCCAGAAGCUGACCUCUGCUUCUGAGAUCCAGCUGAGGGAGAUAUGAUGUGUUGGAAGGCCCUGAGAGUCAGCCUGGUGGUUUUGGCUGGGUGGGCAUUCAGUACCACCAGCUCGGAGCUGGGCAGGACACGCAAGAAAUUCCUGGCCCAUAGGGGACAACUGAACCAGGUGCUGUUGGAAGGGGAACACUGUUGGCUGGGAACCAAGAUUCGAAGACCCAGAACUGCUCCUCAGCAUCAUCUCUUUGGGGUCUACCCAAGCCGACCAGAAAGCUACCUAAGACCCUACGCUGUCGGGAAGAAGCAAAGCUCAUACACAGGAUGGAGUCAACCAGGCAUGGAGAGACAGGCUCGGAGUGUGGAUCCCCGAGACCUGACUGAGAACCCAGCAGAAGCGAGGAGGGAGUCUGAGCAGCCAGCUGCCCUGUGGGUAGGGGAUGGUCCUAUUGGGCAAUCAGAGCUGCUGAGAGAUGAUGACACUUAUCUUGGCAACGGAGGAUCCAAGGAGGCUCUAGGUGAGCCUGUGACUCGGGGAAGCUCGGAAGCUACUGCCUCAACCAUUACCACCUUUGCAUACCAGAAAAGACCCACAGAGGAGACCCGGAGGAAGCACCAGGUCAGGUCUAGGCUUCCUCGCCAAGUGCUGAAGAGGCAGGCAGAAGAUAUGACCAGAGACCCCCAGAAUUCCCCUCUAGAUUUCCAGCUCUGGCCUAAGGAUCCCCUUAAGCAUGGAGAUAGUGACAGUCCAUUGGAGGGCACCAUGCAAAAUGGUGGAGGGGGCUCUGCCUGGGGAGUAGAGACCUUUAACCCCCAAGGAGGAUUGCCUGUACUGUACUUCUCUGGGAAGAGGGAGCGGCUGCUGCUGCGUCCAGAAGUGCUGGCUGAGAUUCCCCGGGAGGCGUUCACUGUGGAAGCCUGGGUGAGACCAGAGGGAGGACAGAACAACCCAGCCAUCAUUGCAGGUGUGUUUGAUAACUGCUCCCACACAGCCAAUGACAAGGGCUGGGCCCUGGGGAUUCGCUUGGGGAAGGACAAGGGGAGGAGAGAUGCUCGCUUCUUCUUUUCUCUCCGCACUGACCGGGUGAAGAAGGCUACUAUUGUGACUGGCCACAGCCGCUACCAACCAGGCACAUGGGCUCAUGUGGCAGCCACUUACGAUGGACAGCAUAUAGCUUUGUAUGUGGAUGGCACUCGAGUGGCUAGUAGUCCUGAUCAGUCUGGUCCACUGAAUAGCCCUUUCAUGGCAUCCUGCCGCUCCCUACUCCUAGGAGGGGACAGCUCCGAGGAUGGGCAUUAUUUCCGUGGAUAUUUGGGCACGCUGGUCAUCUGGUCUACUGCUCUCUCACAAGCCCACCUCCAGCACAGUUCCCAGCAUCCAAGUCGAGCAGAUGAGCUGACCACCUUGAUUCUAACAGCCACUUUCAACCCUCUCAAGGAACAGUGGGCCCCCUUUAGAGAUGAGACAUAUCCCCGGCUGGAGAUUCUCCAGGACUCUGACUCACAGCCUGAGAUUCUGUCACCUUUGCAGCCUCCACUUUGUGGGCAAACAGCUUGUGACAAUGUGGAACUGAUCUCCCAGUACAAUGAGCAUGGGCCCCUUCGAGGGGAGAAAGUGAUCCGCUACCAGGUGGUAAACAUCUGUGAUGAUGAGGGACUGCAUCCCAUUGUGAGCACUGAGCAGAUCCGCCGGCAGCACGAAGCACUGAAUAAAGCCUUCAGCCGCUACAAUAUCAGCUGGCAGCUGAGUGUCCAUCCGGUCCAUAACUCCACCCUUCGCCACCGGGUUGUGCUCGUUAAUUGUGAGCCCAGCAAGAUUGGCAAUGACCACUGUGACCCUGAGUGUGAGCAUCCUCUCACUGGCUACGAUGGGGGUGAUUGCCGCCUGCAGGGCCGCUGCUACUCCUGGAAUCGCAGGGAUGGCCUCUGUCACGUAGAGUGCAACAACAUGCUGAAUGAUUUUGAUGACGGGGACUGCUGUGAUCCUGCAGUGACUGAUGUCCGCAAGACUUGCUUUGACCCCGACUCGCCCAAGAGAGCAUACAUGAGUGUAAAGGAGCUAAAGGAGGCCUUGCUGCUCAACAGUACUCAUUUCCUCAAUGUCUACUUUGCCAACUCAGUAGGGGAGGACCUUGCAGGUGCUGCUACAUGGCCUUGGGAAAAAGAAGCUGUUAGUCACUUGGGUGGUGUUGUCCUCAACCCAGCUUAUUAUGGCAUGCCUGGUCAUACCAAUACCAUGAUCCAUGAGGUGGGGCAUGUCCUGGGACUCUACCAUGUUUUCAAAGGAGUCAGUGAAAGAGAAUCCUGUGAUGACCCCUGUAGAGAGACAGUGCCGUCCAUGGAGACAGGAGACCUGUGUGCUGACACUGCUCCUACACCCAAGAGUAAGCUGUGUCGGGACCCAGAACCAGCUAACGACACCUGUGGUUUUACCCACUUCUCAGGGGCUCCAUUCAAUAACUACAUGAGCUACACAGAUGAUGAGUGCACUGACAGUUUCACACCUAACCAAGUGGCCCGGAUGCAUUGCUAUUUGGACCUCGUAUACCAGCAAUGGAGUGAAAGCAGAAAGCCCACCCCCAUUCCCAUCCCACCCAUGGUUAUUGGGCAAACCCAAAAGUCCCUCACCAUCCACUGGCUGCCUCCUAUUAGUGGAGUUGUGUAUGACAGGACCCCUGGCAGUAUGUGUGAUGCCUGUACUGAAGAUGGGACAUUCCAUCAAUAUGGAUACAAGGCUUCCUCUGGGCGGGUGUGUGACUCUUCAGGUUACUGGACUCCCGAGGAGGCUGUGGGACCCCCUGAUGUGGAUCAGCCCUGUGAGCCUAGCUUGCAGGCUUGGAGUCCUGAACUUCAUCUGUACCACAUGAAUAUGACUGUGCCCUGCCCAGCAGAAGGUUGUAGCUUGGAGCUGCUUUUCCAACACCCAGUCCAAGCUGAUACCCUCACACUCUGGGUGACUUACCUCUCCACGAACUCCUCCCAGGCACUCUUUGACAUAGAGAUCUUGCUAGAAUUCAAGGAAUCUGUACACCUUGGUCCCUUUAACACUUUUUGUGACACACCACUCACUAUCAAACUCCACGUGGAUGGGAAGGUCUUGGGAGUGAAAGUCUACACCCUUGAUGAACGAAUGGAAAUUGAUGCUGCUCUCCUGACUUCUCAACCCCAUAGUUCCUUGUGUUCUGGAUGCAGGCCUGUGAGUUAUCAAGUACUCCGAGAGCCUCCCUUUUCCAGUGGCUUACCCAUGGUGGUGACACACCCGCACAGGAAGUUCACAGACAUGGAGGUCAUGCCCGGGCAGAUGUAUAAGUACCAAGUUCAAGCUGAAGCUGGAGGGGAAUUUGGAGAAGCUUCACCUCCUCUGAGCCACAUUCAUGGAAGACCUUACUGUGGAGAUGGGAAGGUGGAAAGGAGUAUGGGAGAAAUGUGCGAUGAUGGAGACCUGUUGAAUGGAGAUGGGUGCUCAAGAGUGUGUCAAUUGGAGGAAGGCUUCAAUUGUGUGGGGGAGCCAAGCCUUUGCUACAGGCAUGAGGGAGAUGGAAUUUGUGAACCUUUUGAGAAGGAAACUAGCAUCAUCGACUGUGGCCUCCAUACUCCUGAAGGACACUUGGACCAGUGGGCUACUCAAGCUUAUUCCUACCAUGAAGACAAGAAGAAGUGUCCUGUUUCCGUGGUAACAGGAGAACCUCAUUCAAUGAUUUGUACUUCACAUCAUCCAGAUUCAUUCCCAAAUCGUCUCUCUCUUGGAUGGUUUCCCUGUGUCUUCAGUUUGAAGACAGCCCAGGAGGAAGGCAGUGAGAAGUCUGAAGAUAGCCUGCAGAAGGACAAUGAGAUUUGGCUCGAAGUGUGUUUCGAUAGACCAGGAAUUGCAGAGGCAAUUUUCCUUUUCUUGGCAUCUGAUGGCCUGGACCUUGGGAAGCAUCAGCAGUCAACAGUGACCCUCUAUCUAGUUGAUGUCACUGGGAGCAACCACUCUCUUGGAACUUAUGAACUGUCGUGUCAACAUAAUCCACUGGUUAUCAAUGUGAGCCAUCACGUGAAUGUCUGCCCUCACCACACCUCUUCCAUGCUGCUGAAUUUUUCAUCCCCAUUGGUGGGCAUCUCAGCAGUGGCUCUAAGGACAUCUUCCCACACCAGUCCUUCUGCUACCAGUAACUGUAUCCCAGAGAAAAAUCAUCAGGGACAGAGCUGUGCCCAACGACCAUGUGGAGAACAGGGAAGAUGUACACCAUUGCUACUUGAUCAUGCAGACAUGGUAAAUUGUACCUCCAGUGGCCCAGGUCACAUGAAGUGUGCUAUCACUUGUCAAAGGGGGUAUGUUCUUCAGACCAGCAGUGGGCAGUACCUCAGGACCAUGCAGAAAGGGAUUCUCCUCACUUGUUCCUCUGGCCACUGGGACAAGGAUGUGAGCUGCGUGCGCAUUGACUGUGGUGUCCCAGACUCGUCAUUGGUGAAUUAUGCAAAUUUCUCCUGCUUGGAGGGCACUGACUUUCAGAAACGCUGUUCCAUUUCAUGUGUCCCACCAGCCAAGCUCCAAGGACUGAGCCCGUGGCUGACCUGUCUUGAAGAUGGACUGUGGUCUCUCCCGGAAGUCUACUGCAAGUUGGAAUGUGAUGCUCCUCCGGUUAUUCCAAAUGCAAAUUUGCUCCUGCCAAAUUGCCUAGAAGGCAACCAUGAUGUGGGCACCAUCUGCAGAUAUGAAUGCAAACCAGGCUACUAUGUGAUGGAAGGUACAGGGAGUCAAAGCAGGAAUAAAUUCCUGAAGAUACAAUGCCUGGAUGAUGGUACCUGGGAACAAAGGAGCUGCAUCCCAGUGGUGUGUGAGCCUCCUUCUCCUGUUUUUGAAGGCAUGUAUGAAUGCACCAAUGGCUUCAAGCUGGACAGCCAGUGUGUGCUCAACUGUAACCAGGAAAUGGAAAGGACUCCCAUCCUCUGCACUAAAGAGGGGCUAUGGACCCAGGAGUUCAAGUUGUGUGAAAACCUGCAAGGGGAAUGCCCACCACCCCCUUCAGAGCUGAAUUUUGUGGAGUACAAGUGUGGACAGGGAUAUGGGAUUGGUGCAGUGUGUUUCCCGUUAUGUGUAGUCCCCCCUAGUGACCCUGUGAUGCUGCCAGAGAAUGUGACUACUGACACUUUGGAGCACUGGAUGGAACCUGUCAAAGUCCAGAGCAUCGUGUGUACUGGCCGGCGUCAGUGGCACCCAGAUCCCUCCCUGGUCUACUGUAUCCAGUCAUGUGAGCCUUUCCAAGCAGAUGGUUGGUGUGACACUAUCAAUAACCGGGCCUAUUGCCACUAUGAUGGGGGAGACUGCUGCUCUUCCACACUAUCUUCCAAGAAGGUCAUUCCAUUUGCUGCUGACUGUGACCUGGAUGAAUGCACCUGUCGAGAUCCUAAGGCAGAAGAAAAUCAGUCACUUUAGGACCAGAGCCCAUCCUGCUCUGCCCCUGGAGGCAGACUAAGAGAGAGGCUCCCAUGGCAGGACAUGAAGGGUGAAUGAACAAUACAGGUUCCAUGGUGGAACAAAGAGCCUUUAGGAAAUGCAAGAGAAUGUUUGUAGGUGCCAAUUAAUGCAUUACAUAGUCGAGGUAGGGAGGAAUUAUAGGCAAAAGUUUCUGUAAAAAAGCAAAAAUAAAAACAAUUGAUUAGAAGUGGAAGGAGAAAUGUGACAGACGGGACCCUCUUUCCCAUUUGUACUCUACUCUUUUCUCAACUCUCACUCUUUCCCACUCUGCACAUUUUCAGUGGCUCAACCCCACCCAAUGUGUAAAACAAUAUCAAAAUAUUAGAAGAUAAAAUGCCAGGGACACUCUGUUAAUCCCCACUCCAGAUGGGCUGUCAUCUUUCAGGGCUCAUCUAUUCUAAACUGGCCCUUUGCCUUCCUUUUGUGUAGUCUCUCUUAAAUAAUGAAGUUAGCUAUGUCUUUAUAAGUAUUUAAACAUAAUUAUAUAAAUAUAUUAUAUAUUUUGCUGUUUACUAAGCUAAAAAUUAUCCAUCAUUCCACACAUGCUGCUGUGAAGUUCAUGUCCAGAUGGAUACUGAAGCUUCGAGAACAGAAAGAAAGGUUCUUUUGCUCUCCUUCUAUUGACAGGGAUUGGCAGGUUGGAUAGGUAUAGGAGAGAGUAGAUGCAAUCCUGGGUCCUGGCUUGUCAGCUAAUCAUCAUUUUAUGACCUGGGAGCUGAACCUACUAAAAGGAGAGAGAUUUUGCAUGCUAACACCAAGAGGCAUGGAAAGUUACAAAUGGGAACCGGUUUGGCAGGUCUAGUAGAGCCAGACAAUGGUUUCUAAGUAUCCAUCAAAAGGAAUAUACAAAUUCCCCACUUCUCAGAACUCUCAGAGCUGGUGAAGUCCAGGGUCUUUUCCACUUCUCUAGGUGCCUAGUCCAAGUGUAGCUGCCAGCCAGCCAGUCAAAAAAUUUGUAUUAGGGCUCAUUCUCUGAACACCAGGCUCACAGGAACUUACACCCUCUUCAUACUUGGCCAGUUGGUGUCUGUCCUUGUUGGAAGUUCCAAAGUCUGGCUAUCAUUCAUAGCCACAUCACCAACUGUGGAUUUUAUGAGAAAAGAAAAGACUUUGGACAUCCAAUAGGAGAAAGGUAAAAAGAGAUAAAAGAAUGGAGAGGGAUGGAGGAGCCAAAGGCUGUCAGAGAGGAAAGAGGUCAAGAUUGAAUCAGGUUUGAGGGUUAGAGGAUGGAAUGAGUGAAUAAGUCCUUGUUCCAAGUGUCCAAAGAAGGCCAGAGUGAUCUCAGAGCAAUGAGAUAAAUCCAAUUCAAGUAGCAAUGCAUAGAGUUUGUGACCCAGUAAGCGAGCUUAGGAAACAUGGAGCGAGGGUGACACUCUGUGGGGAUAAAGAAGAAUUUCAACUAUUUGGGGUCCAUUAUGUUUGUAUUUGCCAUUUCUUGUUCAAUAGCUAUAUAUGGACUACACACAAAACCAUCACAGUGACUCUUCUGUUUCCAUCCAUCUUAGGCUCACAUUUUCCCAUGGGGUCUGUUCUAGGUGUUUUUUUUUUAUUACAAUAGUUCCUGGUUCAGACAUAAAAAGAGAGUAAGCAGUUUCUCCUGUCUAACAUUGGUCUUGUCCUCUUGUGGAGGCUCUGAGCUCUGUCUGAUCUAAAUUUUUCUUCAGUGGAAACUGAGACCAGGCAAAACCUGUAGCCACCUCUGGUAUCUCCACAUUCUCUCCUUUGUUCUCCUUAUUUUUCAUUAUCAAUGAGGGAACUAACCCAUAAAAGGAGAAAAGAAACAUUACUUACCAUCAUCAACAUAUUACCCCGACUACACACGUGAAGAGCACUAUUCUGUAAUGACCGUGGAUAUGGAAAGGUACACAUACUUACCCAUGUGUCAGUGUAAUGCGGACAACAAUGUCAUUGAGAAAGGGAAGACCAGAGUUUGUCCAUCCAAAAUUCCUCUGUUGCCUCAAUUCCUAGCUAUAAGGUAAACAGUUGCUUAAGUGCUCUUCACUUCCUGUCACAUGUAGUGCCCUCAGUCAGGAGAGACAACUCACAUAUAUUUGUGGAUCCUGGUAAGUUUAAAAUAGAAAAAAGCAGCAGAAAAGUUUAGAUUCUCUACUAUUACUAACACACACACACACACACACAUACACACACACACACACUAAAAUUGUUUUCUUGGAGAAACAUCCAAAUUUUAGGAUGGCUUGAGCAAUCUUGACAGAGGAGACAGAGAUGGAGAUGAGCAAUAGUUAUCCUGGGCAAUGCUAUGGCCCCGUGGGUAUGAGUACACAAUGCUCACCAAUGUGUGUCCAUACUCAGCCUCUUUGUCAAGUUCAUUAACAGGAACAGGGAGGACAUUUCCAUCCCAUAUAUCAUUUUAAGAUACUUUGUUCUUUCUUGGCAACUUUCACCCUGCCCUGGGAAGGCAAGAGGACAGUUUCUGGGGUGUGUGAAAAUUUCCUCAGCCUGAAGGCCACUUAGCCAUAAUCAGCUAGAGAUAGUGGCAAUGGUCAUGUCUAGACUUUGUCCCCAGGCCCCAGUGUUUGGAGCAACUCAAGUCCCUAAUAAAGAAAAUGAUCAUAGAUCCUAGGGACAGCUUGCUCUUGUCCCCAUGUGAUUGUCUGCAUUUCAUUUCUCUUACACAUCCAUAAUGCCAUCCAGGGCCCUUCACAGAGGCUCGUCUGUCUCUUUGUUCCAGAGUCACUUCUCUGUUUCUUCCUGUUCUUAGUAACUAAGUUCUGAGGUCCACAUGACCCAAGGUUGGCUAACUUCGAUGAUUAGCAUGACAGCCUUCAAUUACAGACACAGGAAAGAGGUUAUCAAGGACGAUGUACAGAUCCUGGCAAAGAAAGCAGUGAGUGAAGAGUCUCCUUCUCUUUCCAGCAUUACAAGGCGUUGGUCUUGACACUCAUCUAUUCUGUGUGAUCGAUCACUAGUGUGUCACUUAGCACCCAAGGGGAUAGUUUGAUUGAAACACAGUGAAAGGAGCUGAUCUACUGUAUUGUAAUGUAAAACAGCUACAGCCAGUUAUUUUAUAAGAUUAUAAAUUGUUCAUUAAAAAAACAGCACACAAAACA